GGAAUUCGGCCACAAUGAGCGUCGUGGCGUUGUACGAUGGUCGCCGCAAGAAAAUCGCCGUCACGGCUGGAACGUACAUGUCGGAUGUGUUGAAGAAGGCUUGCGAGGGAUUCGGCCUUGACAACAUUGAACGCCUCGAGUUGCGGCACAAGGACAAGGUCGUGGACUUGUCGAUUCCGUUCCGGCUGUCGGGGGUGUCCGUGAAUGCGGUGCUAGAAGUCAAGGAGGUAGCUAACGCCGCACAAAGCGAUGUGCGCGUGGGGAUCCAGCUAGUGGACGGCCGACGAGUCCAAGGGAGUUUCCGGCCCAGCACACCCGUCAUCGAGAUCUUGGUGCAGCUGGGUAUCCCCACCGACAUCACGUUGAACUUUAUGCGUCGGGAUCUCAACCCACACGAGUUUUCUUCAGUGACGUUGCAACAGUUGGGACUGCUCACUGGCUCGGCCAUGUUUCGCGUCAAGGCAACACCACCACCAUCGUCGGCUUCGGUUGCUCCUGUUGCGCCGUCGCCUCAAACGACAUCCAGCAGCGUGAAUUCGAUUCCUUCUGCUCGUCCUUCAAACACAGAGACGAUCUCCCCCGGCACAACUACAGUCGCCUUGCCACGUCCGUCCGUCGAGCACGUCAUCACAGCCGACGACGUGGACAUGCAAGAUGCUACAGCGUUGGCACCGCCCACAGUGUUGAGUUCGUACGACGCACUCCAACUGGUGCGCAACACGUGCUUUGACGCGGUCUCUACAGAAGUGGUGCUGACCCUGAUGAAGAUUGUGUGCAACAUUUUGUCCAAGCCUGACGAGCCAAAAGUGCGGUCGAUCCGAGCGGCCAACCCGAAGUUCCACGACGCCGUGGGAAAGCACCAAGGCGGUGUGAUGUUUUUGCAGUCGUUGGGGUUCCAACAACUAACCAACGAAGGAGAUGGCAGCAGCACCAGUCACUUUGUGCUGCCGGAGGACGCCGACACGGCGUUGCUGCGUCGGGGACUGGCCUUGCUGCAGGACCAAGCGGACGACCUCCGCCUCCCGCCGACGUCGCGCCCGUCGGUGGUCGUCCCGGCCGCUUCCCCCGUCGAAUUUGACGCGUACAAGGCCGUGAUUACGCGUGUGCAGGCGCAACCGCGAGGACUGAGCGUUACGGAAAUGCGACUGGAAGACCUCAAACGUAAAGAAGAAGCGCUCUUGGCGAUGAUCCACAUCCCGGCGCGGAACCCCCGCGUGUUCUUUCCGCAUGAACGUCUUCCCCCGUUGGCGACGACGGCGGCCAAAGCGGCGACGGCGGCAUCCAGUGACUCUCAAUUGCUGGCCCAAGCCAUGCGAGCCCGGCAAGAAGAGGCCGAGAAGAACCAGAACUUUCGGACGUUGGCCAUGCGUGAACUCGACGACAUGCAAAAGAAAACAGUGUUUCAGAGCACCGUGCUGCGCAUUCGAUUCCCCGAUCAAGUGACACUGCAAGCAACGUUUCACCCGAAAGAGACGCUGGCGGCGGUCGUGUUGCAUCUGAACGAGUCGCUGGCCGACAGUGGUCGUCGGUCGUUUUCAUUGUAUGUGACACCGCCGCGUCAAACGUUGGCGCUGGACGGUUCUGCAACGUUGUCGCAGUUGAAUUUGGUGCCCGCGGCGUUGGUGUAUCUGCAGUGGACGACACCCCCCGUCGACGGUGCGCUAUCUCACGCUGGGUCAUACUUGCGGGCGUCAGUGAUCGAGGCUUUGUGCGAAGAGACAAAGGAUGACGACGGUGACGGGGGUACGUUGUACUACCCUGCGGCCCAGACGCUCGACGACAAGUCGAACAAGGUGGCGAAACUCAACCCUGCUGCUCCUCCCCAUACAACCAAGGCCAAAGCAUCCAAGCCAAGUUGGUUCAAGUUGUAAUCCUUGGCACCUGUUACUUGGUAGAACGAAGAACACAUUGUACGACUAUCAAUUGGCGAGUUAUUCACACAUUCUAGUCGAGGUAACCCCCAACGUACCGUUUCUCCAUUUGAAUCCAGAGAUGCUGCCUCGCCCGCCCAUAUAUGUAUGGACACGACAGCAGCACCGUUGCUUGUCAUUCAUAUUGUAAUGAUGGCAUAUUCGUCCAUUAUGGUCGUUCAAUCACUACGUCUUGAGUGCCU